AUGACCGAAACAGUAGGCCAAGAGACUGAGAGUACGGUCAAGCUACUGCUCCUUGGUGAUCCGGGAUGUGGCAAGUCUACCUUUCUAUCACGUCUGAAGAGUGGGAGGGGACCGACACCACAACCUAGCGGCGCACCAGACAGCCCACCAACUAUCUUACGCGACACUGACCAGCCUUUCAUCUACGAUAUUCGCUUCUCGAAGAAGAGUUUCACAUUAGAGCUCUAUGAUACGUCGAAUCCCAACCAGCACUGGACAAGCCUGCAGCCGGACGUGGUUGUGCUAGCCUUCGACAUUUCCAAUCGGCAAACCUUGAAAGGGCUCAAAGGGUGGCGAAAUGAUAUUAUUCGGUUCUUCCAACAUGGACAGGGAGAGCGUAUACCUGUUAUGUUGCUCGGACUGAAACGAGACCUGAGAAAAGAAGGCGAAGAUAUCAUUUAUCCCCAAGAGACCUACCGUAUCGCUCAAGAACUCCGGUGUGACAGGUAUGCCGAGUGUUCGGCCUUGACGGGUGAGCUCCUUAAAGAGACAUUCGAAGACCUGGCGAGGCUCGCGGGGAUGACUAGUACAGAGAAAGGUGGGCAAACCUCUGGGACUUGUAUGAUUCUUUGA